UUCCGUGGCAUCACAUUCGAAGCUACAACCAUGGACGACGGGCAGAUGUACCAGCAGUCGCCGCUUCCGCGAGGACCGCCCUCGGGCACGGACCUCGCGAUGGCCUUUGCCAAGAAGGCGUGGGCCGCGCCGUCGGUCCGUCGGCUCACGCUCAUGUGGCUCGUCGGCCUCUUCCUCAUGCUUCUAGCGCCGGCACCCAUCAAGGUCACCGACGAGAUGAAGCACACGUACGAAGCCAUGGUCGUCGAGGCUGCGCACGUCGAAGGCUACCAAGACGUGUGGAGCGAGGUCUUUAUGGCGCAGAGCGACUUGCAGGAGGCCAAGGUGUGGUUCUGGCGCUUCCGCCCCGAGCACCGCCGUGUCGUGAACGAGAAGCAAGGCAUCGUCGACAGCGCGCAAGCCAAGCUCGACGUGCUCGACAACGCGCGCGAAGAGAAAAUGCGCCAAGCCAAGGCGUACGUUGGUCUCUGGUCGGACUAUGGCCUCGACGAAGCGCGCACCAAGUUUUGGGCUGCGUUCGAAUCGGGCAAAGUGUUUGCGUCGCGCCGGACGUUCUGGCAGAUGCUCUUCACGGUCCUCGAUUCGCGCGAAGAGAACGUGUAUGGGCUCGUCAUCCAGUGGAUCUUCGUCUCGAUUAUCAACUUCACCUUUGGCCUCAUCGGCAGCCUCUUCUACUUUACGUUUGCGGUCAUCUCGAUGGUCUUUACGUACCAGCCCGACCCAUUGAGCGCGACAGCGUUCGUUUGCCUCGCGCUCCUCGCUGCCGCGUCCCUCGUUGCCACGUACCUCCUCGGCAUCUACGCCAUGGCCGCCGGUGCUGUCUACGGCGUCGGCAAGAUGGCGGCCAACAGCGCACGUCUCGAGCACGAGCGCCGCAGCCGCCUCCGAGGUGCCCACAUGCACGACGACUAGGUGAGAUGGACGCUUUAACUCCUACAUACAUGUCUGCCACAGGA